CAGACUGUCUCUCAUUUCCCUUUUUCCCAUUACCUCUUUAUACAUCUUAAAUUGUUUCUGUUGGAAUUAUUGUUUUGGAUAUAUAUACUCUUUCCUUAUUUUAUGGUCCUCCCUUUGUGGGAAAACAGCUUGCUUUACUUUCACGAGAUGUUUCUGUGGCCUUCAAUUCAUGGACCCUUGCUCUCUUGCGUUUUUGUUUAUAUACACAGUUACAGGGAAGGAUGAUGGUCACAUCUGAUUCAAAAGUUGUUCUCCCAUCAUUCCUUGUGCCUAAGUUUCGACCUUGUUGCUUUCUAGUUCAAUGGGUUAUGGGAUUCUAGGUUCUGGGUAUUAAUAAAUAUAGUGUUCUGGGCUCAGUCAAGUAUUGAAUUGGUCUAAAUAUGGGAUUCAAAUGCUCUUCUCCCUUCAUACUCUAAAUUUGAAUUACUUGUGAAGGUGGGUUUUUAUUGUUAUUAAGUUUUUUUUUUUUUUAUUACUGUUGCUUUCUUCUCUGCUUUGCUUGAAUUCUCGCUCAAAAUUUGGAGUCUUUUGAUACUGGGUUUUGAAUUUCACUCGAAAAGUUCAAUUCUUUAUCCCAAAAUGAGGGAAUUCCUGCUCUUUCUUGUGUCUCUUGUGUUUGUGCUAUGUGGGAGCGUUAUAUCCAAGCAGUGUACAAACAUGGUUCAACAGCUCUCGUCACAUACUUUUCGAUAUGAACUCUUGAAAUCAAACAAUGAAACAUGGAAAGAAGAGAUGUUCUCUCACUACCACUUGAUUCAUACUGAUGACUCUGUUUGGGCUAACUUGCUGCCAAGAAAAAUGUUAAGGGAGGAAGAUGAGCUCAGCUGGUCAAUGAUGUAUAGAAAAAUGAAGAAUCCAGAAGGGUUUAAGUUAGCUGGGAAUUUUCUUAAGGAGGUUUCAUUACAUGAUGUCAUGUUGGAUCCAACCUCUUUCCAUUGGCGGGCACAACAGACCAAUUUAGAGUAUCUGUUGUUGCUGGAUGUAGAUAGAUUGGUUUGGAGUUUCAGAAAGACUGCAGAAUUGCCAACACCAGGGCAGGCAUAUGGAGGGUGGGAGGAACCAACCGUUGAGCUCCGGGGCCAUUUUGUUGGGCAUUUCUUAAGUGCAGCAGCACAAAUGUGGGCCAGCACUCAUAAUGAAACCCUCAAAGAGAAGAUGUCCGCUGUAGUGUCUGCUCUAUCUACCUGUCAGAAAAAAAUGGGCACAGGUUAUCUAUCUGCAUUUCCAUCUGAACAAUUUGACCGUUUUGAAGCUGUAAAACCUGUCUGGGCUCCAUACUACACCAUUCACAAGAUCUUGGCAGGCCUAUUGGAUCAAUACACUUUUGCUGAUAACACUGAAGCAUUAAAUAUGACAACAUGGAUGGUUGAGUACUUCUACAAUCGUGUUCAAAAUGUCGUUACAAAAUACAGUCUGGAGAGACACUGGCAGUCACUUAAUGAAGAAACUGGUGGCAUGAAUGAUGUCCUUUACAGGUUAUUUACCAUAACGGGAAAUUCAAAGCAUUUGUUGUUGGCUCACCUAUUUGACAAACCUUGCUUUCUAGGAGAGCUUGCAGUUCAGGCUGAUGAUAUAUCUGGCUUCCAUGCCAACACACAUAUCCCUAUUGUUAUUGGAUCUCAAAUGCGGUAUGAAGUAACUGGGGAUCCACUUUACAAGAGUAUAGGGACAUACUUCAUGGAAACUGUUAAUUCUUCUCAUAGCUAUGCAACAGGAGGGACAUCAGUCAGUGAGUUCUGGUCAGACCCAAUGCGAUUAGCAACCACUCUGCAGUCAGAGAACGAAGAAUCAUGUACAACUUAUAACAUGUUGAAGGUCUCUCGCCACCUAUUUAGAUGGACCAAAGAAAUGGCAUAUGCAGAUUAUUAUGAGCGCGCCCUGACAAAUGGUGUACUUAGCAUCCAAAGAGGAACAGAACCUGGGGUGAUGAUCUACAUGCUCCCACUAGGUCGUGGCGUCUCUAAGGCUGUAAGCUACCAUGGGUGGGGAACAAAGUUUAACAACUUUUGGUGCUGCUAUGGUACAGGAAUUGAAUCAUUCUCCAAGUUAGGAGAUUCCAUAUACUUCGAAGAGGAAGGGAGUGUUCCUGGUCUUUACGUCAUCCAGUAUAUAUCGAGCACCCUUGACUGGAAAUCUGGACAGAUUCUAGUGACUCAGAAAGUUGAUCCUGUUGUUUCUUGGGAUCCUUUCCUUCGAAUUAUGUUGACAUUUUCUUCAAAAGAGGGAACGGCUCAAUCAUCUACAUUGAAUUUGCGCAUACCAACUUGGACAAAUUCAAAUGGUGCCAAGGCAGAAUUAAAUGCUCAAGAUGUGCCUCUACCAGCUCCAGGUAAUUUCUUAUCCAUCACUAGAGAGUGGGGUGCCAGUGACAGAUUAACACUUCAGCUGCCAAUUACUUUGAGAACAGAAGCUAUUAAAGAUGACCGUCCUGAAUACGCUUCUAUUCAAGCAAUACUUUAUGGUCCUUACCUUCUUGCGGGUCAUACCACCGGUGACUGGGACAUCAAAAGUGGAAAUUCGGACUCGAUAACUCCAAUCCCCGCUUCAUAUAAUUCUCAACUGGCAACAUUUUCUCAGAAGUCUGGCAACUCAAUUUUUGUUCUGAGUAACUCAAACCAGUCAAUCACAAUGGAACAAUUACCAGCACCAGGCACUGCUGGUGCUGCCAUUGCUACAUUCAGGGUCAUCUCAAGUGACACUUCAAAUGAUACCAUUGGAGGGUCUGUCAUGCUCGAACCAUUUAAUCUUCCUGGGAUGCUUUUAGUGAAUCAAGGAUCAGACCUUGCAGUCACAAAUUCACCCACUGAGGAGUCCUCUUCUAGUUUCCUAUUGGUUGCUGGAUUGGAUGGAAACUCCGAUACUGUAUCCUUCGAAUCAGUAAACCAGAAGGGAUGCUAUGUAUAUAGUGGAGUGAACUACCAGUCUAGCGUGCGCCUGAAGCUAAGCUGCAACAACGGGGACACAUCCGAGGCCGAGUUCAGUCAGGCAACAAGCUUUGUAAUGAACCAGGGAAUAAGUGAAUAUCACCCUAUUAGCUUUGUGGCAAUGGGGGCAAGGAGAAACUUUCUUCUGGAACCAUUGCUGAGCUUCAGAGACGAAUCUUACAGUGUUUAUUUCAACAUUCAAGCAUAAUAAAUAUGGAUGUAAGGAGCUGGAAAUAUUGUCCGUAUAACACAUUUGAAUCAUUUAUUAUGGAACCAUUGUUGACCCUAAAAAGUGAAUGUUACAGUUUUUAUUUCCACAUUUAAACAGAAUAAAUUUGUUAAAUUUUG